AUGUCUACUCAUGAUCAACUAACUACUCAUCAUUAUCAAGAAUCGGAACAGUUAUUAAAUAAUGAAAAUACAUCUAAAACUACUACUCUCAUGGUCGGAGAUGCACCAUUACGGCAAACAACAAGUUUUAAUUUUCUAAAAUCAAAACUCUUGUUCCGAAAAUUGUAUCAUCCUCUGCCGUAUUCUACCUUGUUUGAGAAGAAGAGUUUGAUUCGAUCUGGAUUUCUCCUUCCGUAUGAUGUAAAGAUUUCUCAUUUGAGUGGGUGUAUUAUUGUGAGUGAUUCGGAGAAUGAAUCAUUGCAGAUAUUGGAUUUGGAGAGUUGUGAAUUAAAGUGUACUAUCAAGAUUGGUCACGUCACGAGAUAUUUGGCCAUUGAAAUGGAUAAGAGAAGGGAGAAGGAAUAUUUAUAUUUGAGUGUAGAGUCUGGAUUUUUAUACAAGUUUGAUUUGGCUGAAAUGAUUGGUGAUGCUCUUGAAGGUAAAGCAUUGCGAUAUGUCUGGAAAAUUGGAGAGACAAAUGAUGAGGAAUAUGAACUUGAAUUGCCUAGUGGUAUUGCUGUUUCGUAUUCGAACAAGUAUAAGAAUGAAAAGUGUAAAAUGGAUGAGAAUGCAAUCAUUCUCUUGUGUGAUACAGGCAAUAACAAAAUCCUAACAUUUGCAUCGAGUGAUGGCUCUCUAAUUGAAACUUUCACAACAUUUAUCCCAUCUCAUUUAGUGCAAGAGGACAAUGAUUAUGCAGAUGAGUAUUUACACAGUUCAUUAAGACAACCUAUUGGAAUUUGCCUAGACCAAAACGAAGACAUUAUUAUGAUAGAGCAUAACCCAUCCUUUGCCCCUAAUCUUCACUUUCUUUACAAAGUUGGUGAUGUUCUCGUUAGUAAGAAGAGCUUACACACUCAGUGUCCUUCCUAUGUCAUGUUUGAUCCAGUUAAGAGACAUAUCUUUGUUAGUGAAGGAACCUCAACCAUUGCCAUUAUGGAUUCUGAAGGAAAGAAUGUUAAAACUGUACGAACUUUUAAGAAUGAUUCACAAGUUGAGGAAAAUUUUGAACUGCCCGAUGGAAUGUGCAUCAAUGACAAGACUGGAGAAUUAUAUCUUGUGGAUUGUGAGAAGAAUCAGGUUUUAAUUUUCAAUUGA